AUGGAUCCCUUCUCCGGCGAAGGCGAACUUCUCAACAUAACCACGGCAUUCUACACGCACGCCUACCAAACCGUUCUCGACUACGACACCUCAGCGCUAUCGACAGAGAACCAAAAGACGGCCCAACUCCUAAAAUAUCGCGCCCAAAUCGCGCUGGGACAAGCAUCAUAUGUCCUCUCCUCUCCGCUCAAGACCGCCAAAGAUGCCGCAUCUAAAUCAAUACUCGCCCUAGCCCAACAACAACAAGACCCCUCUUCCACUUCCGCCGUCCAAACCGCCCUCUCCCUCGCCGAAUCCGACGGCGAAGACCCUACCGUACAAAUCUGCGCCGGCACCGUCCUCGCCGCGGCAGGCGAAUACGCCAAAGCAAUUGAGCUACUUUCCAAACACCAGGGGAACCUCGAAGCCGUCGCGCUACUAGUACAAAUCCACCUGCUCCAAAACCGCACCGACCUCGCAGUCAAAGAAGUGAGCGCGGCCAAACGAUGGGCCCAGGACUCGCUGCUCAUUAACCUGGCCGAGUCGUGGACGAAUAUCCGCGAGGGCGGGAGCGAAAAGUACCAGUCGGCAUUUUAUGUGUACGAAGAACUGGCAAACACCCCUGGAACCACGUCGCCCACCGCCCUCGUGGGCCAGGCCGUCGCGGAACUGCAUCUGGGUCGUCAUGAAGAGGCCGAGGCCGCAUUGCAGCAGGCCAUGAACCUUGAAAACGCGGAUGUCCAGGCCAUUGCGAACAGUGUUGUUUUGGCUAGUGUCAUGGGCAAGAAGACUGAUGUUGUUCAGGGUCUGUUGCAGCAGUUACAGCAGAAGGAUGAUCAACAUCCCCUGAUUAAGGAUCUUGCUGAAAAGAGCGCCGCGUUUGAUGCGGCCGCUGCAAAGUAUGCUCCCAAGGUUGCGGCUGCUUGA